AUGCAUCGUGUAGUUUUACAUAUUUACGGACAGGAAGGCAUUCGUCUAUGUAUAUCUGAAAAAAUCAAUAGGUACCUUUCUAUAAAUGUUUCUCCAUCAGAUCCUUUACCUAAAACAAUCUGCAAUAAUUGCUUAGAAAGACUUGAAAAUCAACACAGAUUGGUAAUGCGUAUCGAACAAGCUGCUAAUAUGCUGAAAGGACAUCGAAGGCAUGUUGCUCAUGGCUGCCAUGUCGGCCUUUGUGUACCUUGUAAUGUAAAUCAAAAUAAAUAG